GUGAAUAGUAUUGCGUUUGUAUUGAUUGGCAUUUUGUUUGCUUUUCUUGUCUUAAUUGAUCCCAAAAUCCAAUCAAUUAUCUCAACAAUUAUGAGACAAUUAACGUAUCAAUUGAUCAAAAGACACGUCAAUCAUGUGUUUAAUACCACAACAUAUCCAAGACUUACACCCAUUUCGGCGGCGAUUGUCAACAAAGCCUACAAGUCGUCCGUUUCGACACCAAUCAAAUCGGUUGACAGACUUGUGGUCAAUAAGAAUAUGACAUUGAGAUACUGUCAUCCGAUGCCGGUGUCGGACGAGACCGCAGACAACGCCAAGAAGGCGAGUGAUGGCCGCCGACCUCUUGUGGUGUUCUUCGCGUGGAUGUUAGCCAAAGACCAACACAUCGAGAAGUAUCGGAACCUGUAUUUCAAGCGCGGCUUCGAUGUGCUCACCGUUAAGACGAGUCCUCUGGAGCUGAUAUUCCCGACGAGGGGUUCGCAGAAAGUGGCCGAAAAUGUGAUGAAUUUCAUGCACGAGAAGCGCUCGGAUUACCCGUCGGUUGUGGUCCACGCCUUCUCUGUGGGCGCGUAUCAGUUCGGCGAAGUGUUGGUCCAUUUGCAGCGCAACGGCACUGUUUUGGCCGAUUUGGCCCAUACUGUGAAGGGAGUGAUCGUCGACUCCGUGGCCGACAUGAAUGUCAUUCCCGUCGGACUCUCGCGAGCGGUCACUAAGAAUAGUGCGUUGAGAGCCGUGUUUAAGGCUAUGAUCUCAACGCAUAUGAAAUUGUUUUACUCGAUUGCGACCAAACACUACGCGGCCUCCUCUGAGGCCUACAAGAACAACGUGUUUCGCUGUCCGAGUCUUAUCAUCUGUUCCAAGAGAGACAUCGUUGGCAACGCAGAAGACAAUCGCAAAGUGAUGGACAGAUGGCGUGAGAACAACAUAGAAGUUCAGUGGAAGUGUUUCGAGAACUCGACACAUGUCGGACACCUUCAUAAGUAUCCCGAAGAAUACAAACACGAAAUCGACUCAUUCCUCAAGAAAAUCAAUUUAUAA